CAUUAUUAUGGCCCAAGAACAGUUACAUUGCGAGAGUGUUACGUGGCACACGUGGUUGAAUAUACGAAAGGAUUUCAAACGGAAAUCGAUCAAAAAAUUUAACUCAGACGCCAAAAAUAAUUUAAAAAAAUUCUAAUAAAAUAAAUUUAAGUUAUAAACAAGAAAACUGAAAUUCUUAUUUAGAAAUGGCAGGACCAUUUCUAUCUCCCUUGCCCGGUGAUCUAUUAACGGAAUACAUGUUCGGCCGUCGACGUCAAAGGCGAAAUCGCACUACUUUCACGCCACAACAGCUACAAGAAUUGGAGGCUUUGUUUCAAAAAACUCACUAUCCGGAUGUAUUUCUGCGGGAAGAAGUCGCUUUACGCAUAAGUUUGAGUGAAGCUCGUGUACAGGUAUGGUUUCAAAAUCGAAGGGCUAAAUGGCGUAAACAAGCGCGUCUACAACUUCUACAAGAUGCCUGGAGAAUGAGAUGUUUGAGUCUGGGCCAGCCACCAGUUAUGGGACAAGGUGGUGGUCAAAUACCAAAUGGAUCUGUAUUAAAUGGUCCAAUGCCUCCGGGCCUACCAGUCGAUGCCACACCGGAAAACCUUUCAAAUAGUGCAGCGUCUAAAGAUUCGCCCAAUGGAGGAAUGAAUGAGGGAACAGCGCAUCCACAUGCCAACCAUUCAAUGAUGCAUCCAGCUGAAAGUGGACAUAACAAAUCGAAUGGAGGUGGUGGCGAAAAAACCUACACUGAACUCAAAUUGUACAAAGAUCAUCAUCUGCAAAAUCAACAUUUAACCCAGGCCCUGCAUGCCCAUAUGCAACAUGAUCCGCGACUAAUGGCAGCUCUGGACCAUAACUCAGAUGAUGGUUCGGAUGGUUCAGAUUCUGAAGAAAUUGAUUUGACCUCUGGUUCAUGCAUAGAUUUUUCCAAUAAACAACAUCAGUCUGUGGUAAUGGGCGGCAAUAAUUCAACGGCAGCAAGUCCAAGUGGUCAACAACAACAACAACUGUCGCAACAAUCACAACUAGUGCCCAGCAAUGGGGUACACUGAAUUUGGAAUUGUGAUGACGAUAAAACGGGAAAAUUACAAUAACAUAUGCAAUAAAUAUAAAAACUUACAUUAUAAACAACUAAA